CCGAUGUGCUGAACGCUGAAAGUCUGGCGUCGCUGCCAUGAGUUACGAGGAUUUGUUCGACAUGCCGGGGGGAGAUGAUUUUGUGGACGUGAAGGAUGUGUUUGAGGAGGCAGCACGAGAUAUGCAGCCUGGGCAGCUGGUAUUCACGGAGGGGUUCACGAUACAAGAUGCCAUGAGCGCAAUUGAAAUUGGGGAACCCCGGAUGGAUAGUGGCAUGAUCGCUGAGGCUAACGAGAGGCCAGAAUUCCAACCGUUGACCCCACUCCUGCCCGAGGAGGUGUGCUGGAUUAUGGACCGUGCAUUGGCUUGCGAGCUGGAAUUGCACGCCGGGAACGCUCUCGCUCAGACCGUAUACACAUUGCUCUACGUGCACCAUCUAAAAGAGAUCGACCCCGACGUUGUUAUGGACACCGAGACCCUCGAAGAGGAUCCCGACCGUCCUGCAGAGUUGAUUACUCUUGUCAUAAGGGCGACUGUCAUGGGAAUUCUCAAAUGCUGCGAUCUAGCGUGGCGAGAGCUAUCCAAGAACCGUGUCCAUGAAGGGGAAGACUGGCAAGGAGAGAAGUGCGAAAUCUCUCUCCUGGAAGGAUAUCCAGUCAGAUCUCUCGUCCGGUUGAUCGACCAAGCGGCCGUUUGGUGUAGACACGCAUCUGGAGUCUCGGUCACCCUACGAAACGAGCUGUUGGCUCGACUCCUCUUCCGUAAGACGAUGCUGGAAUUGAUGACUCUCAACCUACCAGAGGAUCAUGACAAGCUGCAGACAUGUCUAGCCACGGCUCGCGACCUCCUUCAAGGGUUUAGAUCCAGGCCUAUCCGCACUCCACACCCAGGUUCUCCGGCGCAUCUUGUCUUUGACCCUUAUGUUACUCGGCGUUUGCAUUCGUUCAUGCCUUUGAGGCCAAUGCAGUUGCCGCCCCAAGAAGAGACUUGGAAUAGCCUCGAAGCCGCACUGGACAAUUGGCAAGAGCUAUAUUAUCUAUGUACCAUCACAUCUAUGUCAACAUGGAAGAUCCUAGGGUACAUCCGAAUACGGUCGCCGAGAUCCGCUUGUUCUAUACCCUUUCUCCGGUCUCUGGCACAGUCGUUCUUCUAUGACGGCUCUCGUUUCAUCCGUCGAUUUCAGGAUCUCUGGAUUAUUGAGCGAUUCUGCGAGGAAAGUAUGGGUGUGAAGUAUGAUUACAUACUUCAGCUUAUGCAGCGUUCUUGGGCGGGAGAAGGGCAGUCUCCUUUGAUGAAUAUCCAGCGUCUGAUGAUCAAGACCCUGAUGCCGUAUAUAAGGUCAUUCUGGUUUAACCCCCCACGACAACGAAGGUUCCUAUCAAAAUCGCUGGUAGACUGGCAUGUCCUAUAUGCCGCAGUGCAGAACCUGGUUUCUGAGUGUGUUACUGAGGACCAAACGGAAGCUCGCAUGUUAGAUGUGCUGCCCAAAGCUCUGCUUUUAUGGCGUUUGGAGGUGAUCCAGCAGGUCGUGUUGUCCGGUUUCCAGCUCGAGCUGUACAGCCCAGACGAGGUAUCCGUGGCGUAUUGGUACGCCGCCGAGGUGAUCGUAGCACGACUGGAAUGUCUGCAUGCGCUGAUGGAGGUUGCUCCGCCAGAUUCGACGGCAUAUAGCGAGUUGCAUUUCCAGCACAGCUUCCUUACUGCACUGCACGGUAUGUGCCUUGCAUCGGCCUUGAAAAUGCCGAGCAUCUCAUGGGGACGCUCUCACUUAAAUUUCCGGAGACGAUAUAAAUGGGCGUUCAAACCCGAGUACAACGAUGUGCCAUUGAAGCCUGUGGCGCAACCCGACUUCGAGCAAUAUAUGACUUGGCGUGCGGCUGAGACGUCAACUGCUCCUGAAAGCUUUCUUGAGAGUUCGCGUUCGCUUCUGCUGGAACUUCUAGAAUCUCCUCCCGUCGGUUGGGCCGGCUUAUGGCGAAAGGACCGCUUUGAUUUCGUCACCAAUUUAGCCGAGACCUGCACGCAAAUGAUAGCGAACUGUCCUCCCGGUCAGAUCAGGUAUAAUGCUGAUGCAAACCCCUUGUUCCCUAUCUUCUCGUAGUGUUGUAGAGCAUAAAAUACGCCGGAGCCAU